AUGGCAACCUAUCUGAGGCCUCUUGUCUCGGAUUCAGACAAGCGAAAGACGAACGGGGUCUCCUGGCAGUGGCUUAUUAACGAGGGUAUGCAUGCGGGCAACCGGAGUGUGGUGCUCAUCAACGAGGCCUUCGUCCGUGCCCAGCAAGAGGUGGGCGACCUCAAGGGCCAGCUGGAUGCUCAAAGCCGAGAGACCGAGAAGUAUUUGCAUCUUCUGCGGGUGAAGGAGGACGAGUUGAAUCAAGCAGUAGUUCUUUCCAACCUCCGACCCGAGCUCGAUGCGACAAAGGAUGAAAACAGUCGAUUGAAGGGUGAGCUGGCCGAGAUGGUUGAAUACAACCGGAGUCUCGAAGCGGACAAGAUCGGCCUUAGCCGAGAUAACGCUCAAUUCUCCUCGAGGCUCGAUGAGCUCGAAACCACCCUUUCUCAACUCCGGGAGAAGCUGGAUUUGGUGAAGUCUGAUGCUGCGAGCUUGACCGAGAGGAACCGGCUGCUCGAAUCUGAGAGAGCUCAGUACAAAGAGCGCAUGAGGGUGUUCGAGGAGAAGGCGGAGCAGAGGGCCCAGAUAUGCGAUGAUCUGAAAACUGAGCUUAAGGAGACAGCCGAUGCAAAUGACGCCCUCAAGGCCGAGCUCGAAUGUCAGGUGGAGGAUCUAAAAGAGAUGGACAAUCUAAUGAUCUGUUCGUCACCUCGAUUGCACUGUGUGCAUCAAUUGGUAUCAGAGCUGUCGAUUCUCGGCAGUGAAACCAUGACCAGAAGCAACAAAAUUGUCACUAGAAGCAAGAAUCAAGAAAAACCAUCAGAGGAAAUGGAAGACAAGCUGUCACAAAUCCAAGAUCAGUUGCAGAAACUAAUGGAAGGAAUGACUAGUAUGAACAAUCGUAAUUUGCAAGCUGAUAGGGAGUUGGUUAAAUUGAGAACGACCAUUAACAACAUAAGAGGAAAGGAACAAGAAGUAGCCAGAGCUGAAUCUUCUUCAGUGGAUAGGAACUGUCCAGUUGAAGCCCAAACUGAAAUCAGACCUAAGGAGAAUGGUCAUACACAUAAUGGUAAUUUCUUCACUAGAUACUCUAGACUAGAAUUCCCAAAAAAUUCUGGCCAUGAUUUGAGGACUUGGUUGUAUAAAGUGGACCAGUUCUUUGCUAUGGAUGAGGUUCCAUUCGAUCAGAGGGUUAAAGUAACAUCAAUGCAUUUAGAAGGAGAAGCAAUUGCUUGGCAUAGGUCAUAUGUGAGGUCUAGAAAUUCAGUUCUGGAACCUACUUGGACUGAAUAUGUUCUAGCAUUGAAUGAAAGAUUUGGAGAGGAGUUUGAAGAUCAUAUGGAAUCACUGAAGAAUUUGAAUCAAACUGGUAGUGUAAAGGAAUACCAAGCUGAGUCUGAUAGAUUGUUGGCAAUGGUAAGCCUGUCAAAAGAAAACACCAUCAGUUGCUUCUUGGGUGGACUCAAACCUGAAGUGAACAAAGUCCCAAAAACUUUAAUGCAAGCCUAUAAGAUUGCUAGGUUGCAGGUUGAAGUCUUUGAAGCUCAAGCUAAGACUUGGGGGCUGAAAUCUGUUGCUAAACCUGCACUAGGUCCUCUAUUACCUACUCCAAACCAGUUUAAAACACAAAAUUUCCAAAAAUCAUUUGUACCAAACUCUACAGUUAGGAAACCACAUGAAGUACAACAAGGAAGGCCUAAUAGAAUCCCCGGAAGGAGAUUAACUGCUACAGAGAUGGAUGAAAAGAGGGCCAAGGGUCUUUGUUUUUUCUGUGAUGAGAAGUAUGUGCCAGGGCAAAAAUGUAAUUCCAACAAGCAAAUCUUUAUGGUGGAUAUAGUUGAAGGGGAUUCAGUUCUUGAAGAAUCAGUAGAGGAAGUUGGUCAAGAAUUUCUUGAAGGGAUAGAUGAAUUCAUGACCAUUUCAUUACAGGCCUUUUCUGGAGUAACAGGUUACCAAACUAUCAGGGUAACUGGUUACCAUGAAAAGAGACAUUUACAAGUCCUUAUUGAUACAGGAAGCACCCAUAAUUUCAUUGACCAGGAUAUGGCUAAGAAGUUGGGGUGUAAAGCAACUGCUAUAAUGGCACAGUCUGUCAGUGUUACUGAUGGAAGGAAGGUGCAAACAGCUUCAGUUUGCAGAAAUUUUCAAUGGCUUUUGCAAGGUACUACAUUCAGUUCUGACUUCUUGUUAUUACCAUUAGGCAAUGUGGAUAUUGUCUUAGGUGUACAAUGGUUAAACACAUUAGGGAGGAUACUGUUUGAUUUCAAGAAUAGAACUAUUGAAUUUAGGUAUCAAGGCAAGAAACAUGUCUUAAGAGGGGCUAGUAGUCAACUGAAAUCCACUAAUGCUAAAGCAGCUGAUCAAGGUGAUUCAAUUGCUCCUGAACUAUUUGGUUUGAUUGAACAAUAUGAUAGUAUUUUUGCAUUACCUACUACUUUACCACCCCACAAAGGUUUUUUUGAUCAUAGGAUACCCUUGGUUGAAGCUGCAAAUCCUGUAAACAAAAGACCUUACAGAUAUCCUGGUGUCAAGAAAUAUAUCAUAGAGAAAUUGGUACAAGAGAUGCUUGAUCAAGGUGUUAUACAGCAUAGUACCAGCCCUUAUGCAUCACCAGUUGUGUUGGUUGGUAAGAAGGAUGGAAGGUGGAGGUUAUGUGUUGACUAUAGGGAAUUGAACCAGUUGACUAUAAAAGAUAAGUCUCCUAUACCUAUUAUAGAGGACUUGUUGGAUAAAUUAGGGGGUGCAGUGGUGUUCUCUAAGAUUGAUCUUAGAGCUGGUUAUCACCAGUUAAGAAUGUCUGAAGAAGAUUGUCAUAAAACAGCUUUUAAAACACACGAAGGCCAUUAUGAAUUUCUAGUUAUGCCAUUUGGCUUAACCAAUGCCCCAUCUUCAUUUCAAAACCUUAUGAAUUCAGUUUUUAGACCAUUAUUGAGGAAAACAGUGCUGGUUUUCUUUGAUGACAUACUCAUAUACAUUAAGAGUAUGACUGAGCAUGUUGAGCAUGUUAGAACUGUGUUUGAUAUCAUGAAGAGGUUCCAAUUGUAUGCCAAAAUGUCUAAGUGUGCAUUUGGAGUGCCUAAGGUGGAAUAUUUGGGUCAUUUUAUCUGUAGAGAGGGUGUGUCAACAGAUCCUGAAAAGAUCAUAGCAGUGCAACAAUGGCCUAUUCCCAGUAACAUUAAACAGUUGAGGGGUUUUCUGGGGCUUGCUGGAUAUUAUAGAAGAUUUAUCCAAGGUUUUGGUGCUAUAUGCAAACCCUUACAUGAGUUACUUAAGAAGGAGGGUUUCACUUGGAAUUCUGAAGCUACUGCAGCAUUUGAGAAGCUGAAACAAGCAUUAGUUUCUGCUCCUGUACUAGCAAUGUCUGACUUCUCAAAACCCUUCUUAGUGGAGACUGAUGCUAGUGGUAAAGGUAUAGGAGCUGUCUUGAUGCAGCAAGGGCAUCCUAUAGCCUAUAUCAGCAAAUCUUUGGCACCUAGACAUCAAGCUAUGUCUGUUUAUGAUAGAGAGUUAUUAGCUCUCAUCUUUUCUGUUACUAAAUGGUCACAUUACUUGUUGGGUAGCCCAUUUAUUGUUAAAACUGACCAAAAAGCACUGAAGUACUUGUUGGAACAACAUAUCCAUACUGACUUUCAGAUUGCUGGCAUUUCCAAACUCAUGGCUUUUGAUUUCUCUAUUGAGUAUAAAAAGGGUGUUGAGAAUAAGGCUGCAGAUGCAUUAUCUAGGAAACCUGAUUCUGAGUUGCUGGCUAUUUCACUAUUGUCUCCAAAUGAUUCCUUGUAUGAUCAAAUCAAGGACACAUGGACAGCUGAUGCCAGUCUGCAGGAUUUGAUUACUAGACUACAGAUUCAACGUUUUAAGUCCUUUACUUGGUGUAAUGGUCAACUGAGGUGGAAGGGCAGACUGGUGGUUGGUGCUGAUCAUCAGCUGAGGACAACUAUCAUUGAUCUAUGGCAUUCUAUUACUCAAGCAGGGCAUUCUGGUAUGGAUUCGACUCUAAAGAGGUUGCAAUCUCUUUUCUAUUGGAAAUCACUUGCUACAGAUGUUAGAGAAUUCAUUAACAAGUGUGAUGUGUGCCAAAGACACAAAUAUGAUGCGGCUGCUUCUCCUGGUUUGUUACAGCCACUUCCUAUUCCUGAUGGAGUUUGGACUGAUAUAUGCUUAGAUUUCAUUGAGGGGCUGCCUAAGUCUAAUGGUAAAGAUGUCAUUUGGUUGUUGUGGACAGACUAA